UCAUGUCAUGAAGUAUAUGUGAGAAAACGUUGUCAAUUUAGGAAAAAAUACUAUUAUUAAAUAAAGAAGGCGUAAAUAUAUAAAUGGCAAAAAUAAGCAACUUCGAAGAAUUUAUUGGUCUCAGCGAUUUCGACGUUGAAAUUUGGCGCAUGUUACUUGCUGAGUUCCUCGGAACAUUCUUCUACGUGUUCGUUGGGGUCGUUAGCACAGUCUCAUUAUCGCAGAAUCUGAUGACCUCCGUGGUGCCAGUUGCCUUCGCAUUUGGACUGGCAAUGUCAAGUAUAUCGCAUGUGGUGAACAGGGCCAGUGGUGCGCACCUGAAUCCCGCUGUUAGCAUAGGUCGGCUGGUCGUUGGACAGAUGAAAUUUCUCAAAUGUUUAUGCUACAUACUAGUGCAAUGCAUCGGUUCGUGCUUAGCGGCAUUUUUGGUGGAAAGUAUUUGCCCGGGACCUUCGCUAGAACGGACGGACGGUGUAACCAGACCACUAUAUAUGGGGGUUUGGGAAGCGUUGCUUCUUGAAAUGUUCAUUACAUUUAUUAUGGUUAUGGUGUACAAAUCAAUGGCUGAUCCUACGCGUGAUGAUUUACAUUUAUCUGGACCAUUAGUUGUGGGACUUUCAAUCACAGCGGGACAUCUUGUGGGCUACUUGUGUUCGUCGGCAAGCAUGAAUCCAGCACGUUCUUUCGGGCCGGCACUUGUAAAUCUCAACUUCAACGAUCACUGGAUUUAUUGGGUCGGACCGAUUUUGGGUGGUGUCAUAGCUUCAGUUUGUUAUCACUUUGGUGUGCAGGAUCGUGCAGCACUUAAGCGGAGACGCUCUAGAAGAAAUAGUGCCAGACGAAAGAGUUCUCUAAAUACUUAAAAAUAUACUUUAAAAUUCAUUAAAUCUAUGUUGGUUUGCAAUGCAGUUGUAUAUUUUUAGUGAGAUAGAUAAGUUUUACUAUCAAUAUUAUAUAGCGAAGGACUUUUUGAAGAUGUGUUUACAUCAUGUUACAUUGUUUUCAAUGAGUUAUCAAAAAGAGGGUUCCUAGAGUAACAAUGCUCGUAGAGUAGACGCUUAAAAUCGAGCCGAGGACUUUGAAAGUCCACUCUGCUGGCACCCUUAAAUAACCAAUAUGGUCUUGUCGAAAUUGAAUGUACGGG